GACCCUAUCACGCAAAAAAUUCAAAGCAUGCCUUCGUCGUUGCAGAGAUGCUGCCAGGCAGUUUGCUGCAUUUCCCAGCAGAACCUGACGGCCCUGCUAUGCUUUCUGUCCAUCGUCAACCAGUACACGAUGCGGGUCUGCCUGAACCUGGCCAUCACCGAGAUGGUCCUCCCGAAGGUCGUCAACGUAGCGGCUAAUGGUACUUUGAUAAGACUUUCGCCCUGUGGAGUAGACCUGGACGGUAAGGCCUUUAUGACACGAGGAUCCUCUACGGAGUUUUCGCGGUACGCUUGGAACGAAACCACCCAAGGGUUGAUCCUGUCGGCGUUCUUCUGGGGCUACGUGGCGUCUCACUUUGCCAGUGCUUUCAUCGCGGACAAGUACCCUCGGCUGUUGCUUGGCCUAAGCGUGCUGAUUACGGCCGUGUUGACCCUGUUGACUCCGCUGGCCAUCGACAUCGGAGGAGCGCCACUGCUGAUGGCCACCCGGGCCAUUGAGGGGGUCGGUGAGGGGGCCACCUUCCCGGUGCUAAGUGCCAUCAUUGGUCAUUGGAUUCCACCGGACAAGCGGGGCAUGCUUGGGUCGUUCAUCUACAGCGGAGGUCAGAUUGGAUCGCUCGUCGGAGGCAUCGGUACGGGGUUGAUCAUCUCGAAGCUGCACAGCUGGCGGUUGGUGUUCUACGUUUGGGGCUCCCUAGCGAUCGUAUGGUAUCUGUUCUGGCUGGUGCUGGGAUAUGCGAGUCCCGAGACCAAUCCAUUCAUCUCGGAGGAGGAAAAAAGCCGGCUGCUGAUGCAGUUUGCCGAUGCUAAGAAGGUCGAGCGUACGAGUGGCAUCCCGUGGUCGCAAAUCUGUAAAAGUGUGCCAUUAUGGGCGUUGAUCAUUGGCCAGGUUGGUCACGAUUGGGGCUUCUACCUGCUGGCGACGGAUCUGCCCAAGUACAUGAAGAGCAUCCUUGGCGUAUCCGUGGAAGACAACGGAUUGAUCAGCUACUUUCCGUUUCUGUGCAUGUGGAUUUUCUCGGUAAUAAGUGGAUGGAUCUGUGACGUACAAAUCAAAAAGAACUGCAUAACCAGGUCGAACGCGCGAAAGUUCUGGACCACGGUUGGAUCACUUCCACCGGCCAUCUUCAUUGUGGCCGCGUCCUACGCCGACUGCAACAAACUGCUGGUGGUGGUCUACUUCGCGCUGAGCGUUACCUUCAUGGGUGGAUUCUAUCCGGGGUUGAAGGUUAACGUAAACGAUUUGAGUCCGAACUUAGCUGGCGUGUUGAUGGCGAUGGUCAACGGAAUUGGAGCGAUAACAGGUAUUGUUGUGCCUUACCUUGCUGGAGUGCUCACCCCAAAUCAAACAGUCAGCGAAUGGCGCGAUGUCUUCUGGCUCGCAUUCUGGGUGCUGAACGCUACCAACGUUGUUUUUGUCCUAUUUGGAUCGGGUGAAAUCCAACCCUGGAACAGCGAGGAAGCUAGCAGUACCUGAAGACAUAAAAAGAGAAUAAAAAUCAAACCACAUUACAUGUUUCAACUAACAAAUAAUCCAAUAUUUUGUG